GACCGCUGGGUACUUCUGCCUUAUAAAUCGGGAUAAGAGGAUGCCUGAAGUGACCAGAACCGCAGUGAUAAAUGGGCAGCAACUUCUGCUGGAGUCGAAUGCACCGUCUGUGAUAAAGUCAAUUUCUGCCGAAGGAUGAAGAAAUUUGAAGGCCGAGGGAAGCCUUUGGUGUGGGCUUUGCUGUGGGCAUCUCUGCUGCUCAAAACCUCAGCUGUCAACCCACAAAACACCAUGAAGGGCAGGCAGAUUGAAGUGCAGAUAACAGGAACCUUUCUGCCGUCGACCCAGACACCGACCAAGGAGACUGUGCCUCAGGAAGACGGAGGUCUUCCAAUAUCUGGAGUUGAGAUACUUCGUGUCGCUCCAGAAGAUAAAAUGCUUGUGGCCGGUUACGAGACCAUCGUGACUGGUGACGGUGGGCCUUCACCGGCAUCGCACAGCCCCGCUCAAAGCCCCAAUUUGCAAAAUCCCAAACGGACCAACAUAGCGACCAGCGUGCCCAAUGACACUAGUCCCAGUGGGAGCUCCGCGCCAACUCUACAUGAGAGACCUAGCAACAUCCAGGCUCCUCAUCAAUUAGAAACCAAUGUGGCCACAGACGUCGUGAACACGAGCCCAACACCAACACACCGCCCAACCGUGAACCAUUCUCUCACACCGGCCAAAGGUUCUUCCCAACACGCUAACUACAUGCCAACAGGUGGUCACUUGGCCAAACGCUUAGGACCUCAGUUGGCAAUGAAGAACCCACGCCGGCCCUCAGCUCCCAACAUAUCAGGGAACUAUUCCGCCACCAUCCUCUGGAGGCCGGGACGCGGGAAGAACGUCACCAAUGGCAACGUCAAGCGGUCAAAGCAGCACAAACUCACCAAAGCCACGAAGAAGUGUCAGAAACAGCCAUCUGCCAAGCUGAAGGUAAAGCCCCAGGUCCCUGGGAAACCAGGUCAGACAAAGCUGCAACAGGAGCAGCAGAAGAGGAAAAGCGUGAAGCCAAAAGCGUUCCCCUACUUUGAAGAUCAUUACUGUCCCCCACAUUGCACGUGCUACGGAAGGGUUGUCCAAUGCUCAGAUCGAGGACUUAACAGAUUCCCGUACGGAAUCCCCUUCAACACCAGGAGUCUCUUCCUCAUGAACAACCAGAUCGAUGUGAUUCCUAUGGAGUUACUGAGCGAGUAUGUAUCGCUUGAGUUCCUCGUGCUCAACAGCAACCGGCUGACAGACGCUGGGCUGGAGGGCUCUCUGGAGCGUAUGGAGAAGCUGACUCGCUUGUACCUGGACCAGAACCAACUCUCCCGUGUUCCCGUCACUCUGCCCCCUUCCCUGGAAGAGCUGACGCUCAACUCAAACAACAUCAGUACCAUGUCAGCUCGAGACUGGGCAACGUACAGGAACCUCCGAAUCAUCAGCCUCAAUGAUAAUAGACUAAUGGAGGGAUCCAUCCCUGCAGGAGCACUUGGUCCAAUGCAGAACCUUCACACCAUUAAAAUGGAGCACAAUCUCUUGGCUGCUGUCCCCACCGACCUUAGCACCAGCCUACGAGAGUUGUACUUGGAAGGGAAUCAGAUUCAGAAAAUAGCGGACAAUGUAUUUAGCAGCUCUACCGCACUCACACAUCUCAGUCUCCAUAACAACCAGGUCAAUAACAGAGGCAUUGGCCAAAAGGCUUUCCAACAUAUGAGCAAACUUGAAUAUUUGGAUCUCGGUAAAAACGCCCUCACUGCUGUUCCCAAGCAACUUCCUUGCUCCUUGAAGGAGCUGAUUCUUGAAGGGAACGCUAUCGGUGCCAUCAGGAAAGGUAGCUUUUGCAACACGUCGGACUUGGAGGAGGUUUACCUGGCGCACAACCGGAUCGCCCUGGUGGCCACUGGGGCAUUACGGGGGAUGGCCCGCCUCCGGUUUGUGGACCUGAGUCACAAUCGUCUGCUCCAUGUGCCCCGGCAGCUGCCGUUAACCUUGCACUAUCUCUACCUGCACGGCAAUCAUAUCUCUCACUUCCCCAGAGACGCCCUCUGCGAUCGUGAGUGGGCGAGGAGCCAUCUAAUACUCGUGCGCCUUGAGAAGAAUAAACUGGACCCGGACCAGGUAGACUCCCGGGCUCUGAGGUGUCUUCGGGGCCACCAGGUGAUUCAUUUCGAGUGAACGGCAAAUCAGAAUAGUCAUGUCUAACAUCAAGAGAAAGCUCCCACUUUCCAGCAGAAUCCAUUUGGACAUUGAGUUUAUUCUACAUUCAAGGCGCAUUAUCCUUUAUUGCGGAUACCAUUUCAUACCACUAGUUUUCCUCCCCCUGACUCUCAGUCUGAAGAAGGGUCUCGAUCCGAAAUGUCACCUGUUCCUUUUUUCCAGAAAUGC